AUGGCGUACCGUGAAGGUGAAGAAGAAAUGGUAGCCGAGCUCGAGGACGCGCUGCUGCAGCGAGAGCUUGGCCCAGACGAGCUCCACGUAGGCCUCGCUCAAGAAGCUGUUCUCGGAGCUCAGGUUCGUGGAGGACUUCACCUCGAGGAGGUAGCAGUGUGGGUGCACGGCCUUGCAGUGGACGAACGCCACAGCGUCGACGGCGACGACAAGGACAUGGUCAAGGAAGUGUUUGGUUCCCUCGCCGGCCCGAAAGCUCUCGCGGAACAGGCCGAGCAACGAGUUAGGCCUCGCCCAAAUGCUUCGUUCUCUGACGUGAUGAUCACCGUCCUGUCGUCGGUGGCGAUUUCAGGAGAACACAAAGGUUUGGGUGAUGGUGCACCUGCUAUGCUUCCUUUGGGGGUAUCUCCGAAGAUGACUUUUUGCGCCUGCCAAGCCAUCACUUCGGAAGCCGCCUCAGAUGAAGUUAGGGAUUGCCUAUGGGGCUCAUGUGAUGUGAUACUUCGGUCUGCAUCGAGGGUCAGGUUAAAACAUGCAAACUGA